AGCGCCUCGCUCCGAGCGCACACAGCUCGCGCGUCCUCCGCCAGCCAGGCCGCCUGCCCUUCCCGCCCGGCCCGCGACUCAUGUCCCGCCGCAAGGCCGGCAGCGCGCCCCGCAGAGUAGAACCCGCGCCCGCCGCCGGCGCAGACAACGAGGAGAUGGAGAUGGAGAUGUCGGACCUCGUCAUCGAUGUGAAGCUGGAGCCGGACGCGCGGGCCCUGCAGGCCCCGAUGGAGGUGUCCACGCUGGAGCGCUUCGAGGGCGAACCCCUUCACUCGCCUGGACCCGUGCCCGCCGGGGCCGCCCUCCACGCCCUGGCCGCGCAGAGUCCGUGGGCCCACUGCAUGCGGCUGACCUCGAGCCUAGCCGACCGCCAGCCCUGGACCGACAAACACCCAGAUCUGUUGACCUGCGGCCGCUGCCUGCAGACUUUCCCGCUAGAGGCCAUCACUGCCUUUAUGGACCACAAGAAGCAGGGCUGUCAGCCCUCCAGAGGCCCCAGCCCCUGCAAGGGCUCAGAAUUCAAGGAGCAUGCGAUGCUGAGCUGUCUUCACUGUGGCAGGCAGUUCACAGGUGCCUGGAAGCUGCUGCGCCACGCCCAGUGGGACCACGGGCUGUCCAUCUACCAGACAGAGUCAGAGGCCCCUGAGGCCCCACUGCUGGGCCUGGCUGAGGUGGCUGCGGCCGUGUCUGCUGUGGCAGCUGUGGGGCCUCCGACCCAGGCCAAGGGUGCCCGGCUCAAUGGCCUCAACCGGCGGAGCCCCACCUGCCCUGUGUGCAUGAAGACCCUCAGCUCCUUCAGCAACCUCAAGGUGCACAUGCGCUCGCACACCGGCGAGCGGCCCUACGCCUGCGACCAGUGUCCCUACGCCUGCGCCCAGAGCAGCAAGCUCAACCGCCACAAGAAGACCCACCGGCAGCUGCCACCCCAGAGCCCCUGCACAUCUGACGCCAGCCAGGAGCAGGUGUCCACGGCACCUCCAGAGCCAGCUGCCCAUGCUGCCGCCCCGGCCACCGCCCUUCCAUGCAGCAGUGGUGGCGAGGGUGCUGGGGCUGCAGCCACAGCAGGCAUGCAGGAACCUGGUGCUCCUGGCAGCGGGGCUCAGGCAGGCCCGGCUGGGGAAGGCUGGCAAGUGGUGGGCAGAGAAGAGAGAACUCACCCUUCAGAGAACCAGAAAACCUCACCCAAGAAGAUCCCCAAGGCGUCGGGCAAGAGCCGCGGGCCAGGGGGCAGCUGCGAGUUUUGCGGGAAGCAUUUCGCCAACAGCAGCAACCUGACCGUGCACCGGCGCUCGCACACCGGGGAGCGGCCCUACGUCUGCGACCAGUGUCCCUACGCCUGCGCCCAGAGCAGCAAGCUCAACCGCCACCGCCGCAUGCACGGCCUGGAGCCUGGCAGCACCCGCUUCAAGUGCCCGCACUGCUGUGUGCCCUUCGGCCUGCGAGCCACCCUGGACAAACACCUGCGGCAGAAGCACCCCGAGCUGGGCGAGGUGGCCUGAGCACGGGAGGGCUGUCCCCGACACUGGUCAGCAAUUGUGCUGACCUCGUUGUCCUUGUCUUUGUUCAAAUAAAUGUCUUCCCUAUUUACCCA